AUGGACAAUGAAGACCUGAUCGAUGAUUUCAAUGAAGAUUUUAUUAGCGGAGACGAGGAAGAAGAGACAGAGGAGGUAGAGGAGACUUUUACCGCUUCAAACGGCCAAUUUUCGACCAACAGAGAAAAUAGUUAUAAUGGUGACGACUUUGCUGCGGCAAUAGAUAACUAUAGGCCGUAUGCAUUGUCAAACGGAAUUCCGGUAAAUGGGAAAGAUGCAUGUGUGAUAUUUAGGUGGAUUGACAAGAUUGACGAGCUUUUGAAUGACGGAGAAAGCGGUGAAGUGACCAUUCUUUUGAUUAAAACCCAGGUGGUUGUGCAAGAGGAAUACAACCUUUUAUACAGAAUUGUGAAGAAAAUUUACAGCCAUAAGUACCCUGAGCUGGAAACCUUAGUCCCUUCGGCGCUGGAGUACGUUUUUGUUGUGCGUGUGCUUGAAGAGUGCGGGACAAAAGGGUUGCAGAAGCUCGAAGGCGUUUUGACGAAAGAGCAAGUCAUGAUUGUUUCCAUAUCUGCUCAGACAAAUUUCAAGCCCAAUGCACUAGUAGAUAGCAGUCUCUUGGCAUCUGCGAUGAAUGGUCUGGAACAGCUUCUGACGCUGCAGGACAGGAUCAAAGCCUACGUCACUGAGCGUGUCGAAACGAUUGCACCGAACGUAUCGCAGCUACUUGGACCAGCCACAGCUGCGCUCCUCUUGUCUGCAGUUGGAGGUGUCGGUGAGCUCAGCGAAACGCCCAGCUGCAAUCUGGCGUCGCUAGGGAAACCGAAAUACCGGUCUCACGAAUUCAAUGUGGACGAAAGUAACGUGCGUCAAAAAGGCUACAUUUACCUGUCACCGCUUGUGCAGAAUACGGCCAUCGAUUUCCAGAAACAAGCGCUCCGCAUGGCGUGCGCCAAAUGUUCACUUGCAGCGCGUGUAGAUGCCUCUCACAGUGCUCCGACGAGCAACUUAGGCGCCAAGUGGCGCUUUGAAAUAGAAUCAAAGCUGCGCAAGCUUCAAGAGCCAGCCAAUAUCUCAAACGUCAAACCUUUACCAGUGCCGGAAGACAAACCUAAGAAAAAACGUGCCGGGCGUCGAUUCAGAAAGUACAAACAGCAAUUUCAACUUUCUCAUUUACGACAGUUGCAAAACCGCAUGGAGUUUAACAAGCAAGAACAUAGCGUUCUUGACGCUUUCGGCGAAGAAAUUGGCAUGGGGAUGGCCAACACGUUGCAAGCGCCGUCCACCGCGGUCAUACGUGCUACCAAGGGCGUUACCAAGCUUCGCAAGCCCAUGCAGCACAGACUUGCCAAUCAAUCGCGGUCUCUCAAUGACUUUUUCGCCAGCGAUCCGCGUGCUUCCCCUUUGAAUCCUGACGACAACAUUACACAGAAAGAUGUCAGAAACAACACAAAAAAUACUGCUGAGAUGCAACGAAGCAACGAAUGGUUUUUAAAAUAUAUCCAGCGUGACUCUAAGGACUUGUAA